AAAAAAAAAAAGAAAGAUUUUGCCACGACUAGAUCUACAGGUUUGCAUAUUUGCGUUGACAGAUUAUUGACAGCAUUGUUGAUACUGCAAAAAUGGCUGACGAGUAUCGUGAAAAGUUUAUGAAUAUGUUGCAUUACAGCAAUCAAGUUUUUGCCCUCGCACUGGCUCGAGAUGUUGGAAUCACGGACGCCCUGUUGAAAGCUACAAGGCCAUUAACCUGUAAGGAAAUUGCUGACGAAAAAGAGCUGAAAGAUAGAUAUGUGCAAGAGAUUCUUGGAAGUUUAACCAGCAGUCAGAUUGUGGAGUUACAGACUAAUGCAAAUGGCAUUACAGAGUACUUCUUUAGUGAGGCUGGCAAAGAAGCUCUUAGUUCUGGUGGAGUUUAUGAGAGAACACUCAUGUUCAAUGCCCUCAUGGCCAGUUACAAGCCAGUGAGAGAGUGUGUUUACCGGGAUGGUCCGUGCACUGCAAGGUAUGAUGACAACCUGUUUUAUGCUCUGGAUGAAAUGGGUAAGCAAACUGUGGACAGCACCGUUGGUGUAAUCCUUUCCAAGGCCCCUGGACUUGAACAAAGAUUAGAGCAAGGCAUUUCAGUGGCUGAGAUUGGUAGUGGCACAGGACGUGUUCUGGCUAAGAUGGCACAGAAGUUUCCAAACAGCAAGUUCACAGCAACUGAUAUCCGGCCGCACUUGGUGGAGAGGAUGAAAUCUCUGUAUAGUCACCUACCCAACAUACAUUAUCGUGAAAUUGAUAUCUGUGCUUUCCCAGAAUCAAUUGAUGAGCAAUACGAUUUUAUAUUCGCUAUUGAUGUCAUCCAUGAUUUACCUUAUCCUCUUAAAGGUCUUAAAGUGUUGAAAAAGUAUUUGAGAGGACCCGAUGGGACUCUCAUAUUUAUAGACAUGGCCGGGCCUGGCACACACGAAGCAAAUGUUGGUGACCAACAAGCUGCAUCUUUAUACGCCAUCAGCACUUUUCUUUGUGUUCCAGAGAGCUUUCAAGAGAGUGACGGUGUUGCAUUAGGUGCAUGCUCAUCUCGGGAUGAAUUGGUCAAGUUAGCCACUGAUGCUGGUUAUAAUGUUGAUCCUAUUAUUCUUGAAAAACACGGAGCUCUCUUUCUGUGUAAGCUACCUGUAUAAUAAGAUUGUCAGUAGAUGUCAUAUUGGUUUUGUUGGGUUUUUUUGUUGUUUUGUUUGGGGGGGGGGGGAUGUUCAUUUAUGAUAUGGGCCUAAUUUUCAGUCAAAUUUUGUCUCUAAGAAAGCUCACAUCAAAAUGAAGGGAAAUCUUGUCAUCAUGUAAGAAUUUUACUAUGAACGAAAAUCAUGCUAUUCCUAGGGCUAUUAACAAAGUUUGAUAAUUGGGUCAAAAUUUUGCAUGAAUUAUGGCCCAUUUGUUAAGCCAACAUAUUAUGUCUGGUUCGUAAUGCCUUAUUUGUAGAUUUGGGGUUUUUACAUUGAUGUUUCAUUCACCUAUGCAUGGAUUAGCCGGGUUUUUUUGCUGCACCUACCUUGGUCAUUUCUCUACUAUAGCUUAACUUAGCCCUAAUUUCUCAGAAUGCUGGGAAGCUGUUACAUAAUAUACACAUGCAAUUUCUGUUGAAAUGGAAACGGGUUGAUAAAUAUAAUAUGUGGUAACAGUACUGGAUAGUCCUAUGUGCAUUUACAUAACUGCAGACUUCCCAUAUAUAUAUGAUUGAAAUGUGAAGGCUAGAGAUCUACCGCUGAACACUUAUGUGACAUAUGAAAUAAACAUGUCCUUGGCCUA